GUUUCAGGCGGAGCAAGAUGGCGGCGCCCAGGAAAGCAGCGUGAGCUUGUUGCCGGGGGCGCCUUGUCCGGAACAGGGUCACUUCGGUCAACGAAGCGCGCAGCCUGUCGCCAUGUCGCGACUUAUCGUCAAGAACCUGCCUAGCGGGAUGAAGGAAGAGCGAUUCUGGCAGCUUUUCUCAGACUUUGGCACCCUGACUGACUGCAGCCUCAAAUUCACCAAGGAUGGCAAGUUUCGUAAGUUUGGCUUCAUCGGUUUCAAAUCUGAAGAGGAGGCUCAGAAUGCCCUGGACCACUUCCAUAGGAGCUUCAUUGACACUUCUCGGGUCACGGUGGAGUUCUGCAAGUCAUUUGGAGACCCAUCUAAGCCCCGAGCCUGGAGUAAACACUCCCAGAAAACCAUCCAGUCAGGGAAACCUGAAAAAAGCCCUGUGGCCUCAGAAAUUCAGAAGGACAAAAAGAAGAAAAAGGCAACAGGAGAAUUGGAAAAGCUGAAGAAAGAUGCAGAGUUUCAGGAAUUCCUGAUGGUUCAUCAGAAGCGAACACAGGUGGCCACUUGGGCAAAUGAUACUGUGGGAGUGGAACCAAAGAAAGGGACGGCCAAGAGGGAUGAGGACUACCUCAACUUUGAUUCUGACUCAGGGCAAGAGAGUGAAGAGAAAACAGAUGAUGAAGACUCUGAAAAGGAAAGCCCUGCAGUGAAGGCAGCGGAGCAGAAGGAGCUUUCCGACAUGGAUUACUUGAAAUCCAAGGUGGUGAGAGCAGAUUCCUCAGAGGAGGAGGAAAGUGAAGAUGAGGCCAUGGCGAGUGAAGGGGAAGAUGGUGACGAGGAGCAGGAGCAAGAGGGGCUGACACCAGGCGCCAGAGGCUCCAAGAGCCCUGGGGAGAAGGGGGCCGGCCCAGGAGAAGGGUGUACCGUGGGCAGUAGGCCCCCAGCAGCCAGGGGAGAGGUGACGAAGCCAACCACCCAGUCCGAGCCCACCACUGCUUACACAGUGAAGCUGCGCGGGGCACCAUUUAAUGUCACUGAGCAAAAUGUUAGGGAGUUCCUGGUGCCCCUGAAGCCUGUGGCCAUCCGCACCGUGAGAAAUGCUCAUGGAAACAAGACAGGUUACGUCUUUGUUGAUUUCAGCAGCGAAGGGGAUGUGGAGAAAGCCUUGAAACACAACAAAGAAUACAUGGGCGGCCGCUACAUUGAGGUGUUCAGGGAGAAGGGGACCUAUGUGACCCCGAAGCACCAGAAGGACCACAAGAAGGUGUGGCAGGGCCGAGAGCUCAAGGAGGGCGAGGAGGAGGAGGACCUGGCCGACUCCGGGAGGCUCUUUGUGAGGAACCUGCCUUACACCAGCACCGAGGAGGACCUCGAGAAGAUAUUUGCCAAAUAUGGUCCCCUGUCCGAAGUCCAUUAUCCCAUAGAUGGUCUGACCAAGAAACCGAAGGGCUUUGCUUUCAUCACAUACAUGUUCCCUGAGCACGCAGUGAAGGCCUAUGCGGAAGUGGACGGACAGGUCUUCCAGGGCCGGAUGCUCCACGUGUUGCCCUCCACCAUUAAGAAGGAGACCAGCGAAAACUCAGAUGCAGCCUCAUCCUCCUACAAGAAGAAGAAGGCAUUGAAGGACAAAGCCAGCAGUUCCAGCUCUCACAACUGGAAUACACUGUUUAUGGGGACAAAUGCCGUGGCUGAAGUUGUAGCACAGAAGUACAACGCCACAAAAAGCCAAGUGUUCGACCAUGAGAUCAAAGGCAGUGUGGCUGUACGGGUGGCCCUGGGGGAGACUGAGCUGGUCCAGGAGGUGCGUCGGUUCCUGAUUGAGAAUGGUGUGAGCCUGGAUUCCUUCAGCCAGGCCACUGGGGAGAGGAGCAAGUCUGUGAUUUUAGUGAAGAACCUCCCCGCAGGGACUCGGGCCUCCGAGCUGCAGGAGAUCUUCAGCCGCUAUGGCAGCCUAGGCCGCGUGCUGCUGCCCGAGGGAGGCAUCACAGCCAUUGUGGAAUACCUGGAGCCUCUGGAAGCCAGGAGAGGCUUCACCAGCCUGGCCUAUUCCAAGUUCCAUGAUGUUCCCUUGUAUCUGGAAUGGGCACCAAUGGGUAUCUUCUCUUGCCACCCCCCUCAGAAGAAAGAACAAGGAGAUGAACCUGGAGGAAAAGAGGCUGCUCAGACUGAGGCUAGACCAGAGGGUGAAGCUGCAGAAAACACCCCAGAGAAAGGAGCAGCAGCCCUUGAAGAAAAACCAGACGCCACUGGCGAAGAAGAGGAUGAUGAAGAUGAAGAUGAGAGUCUUCCUGGUUGUACUUUGUUCAUCAAAAACCUCAAUUUUUCUACAACAGAGGAGAUGCUGAAAGAAGUUUUCUCAAAAGUUGGAACUGUGAAGAACUGCACUAUUUCCAAGAAAAAGAACAAAGCAGGAGUUUUACUGUCCAUGGGGUUUGGCUUUGUGGAGUACAGGAAGCCAGAGCAGGCCCAGAAAGCCCUCAAACAGCUCCAGGGCUGCAUGGUAGACGACCACAAGCUGGAAGUGAAAAUCUCCGAGAGAGCCAUCAAGCCAGCUGUGACGUCAGCUCGGCAGAAACAGACGGCCCACAAACAGAGGGCAUCUAAGAUCUUAGUCCGGAACAUCCCAUUCCAGGCCAACGUGCGGGAAAUCCGAGAGCUAUUCAGCACCUUUGGGGAGCUAAAGACAGUCCGUCUGCCAAAGAAGAUGACAGGGACGGGCCCCCACCGAGGAUUUGGCUUUGUGGAUUUCUUAACCAAACAAGAUGCCAAGAGAGCUUUCAACGCCCUGUGCCACAGUACCCAUUUAUACGGCAGAAGACUGGUCCUCGAGUGGGCAGACACUGAAGAGACGGUCCAAGCCUUGAGGAGGAAGACAGCUCAGCAUUUUCACAAUUCCCCAAAGAAAAGGCGGUCUGUGGUGUUGGACAAGAUCCUGGAGCAGCUGGAGGAGGGCGAGAACAAGGACAACGAGUAGCAAAUACUUCAGCUGCGCUCUGGCGGAGAAAGGAGAUGCAGCAAGGAUGAAUGCCACAUUUCCAGGGUCAGACUCAAGAAGAGACAUUCCCAGAACCUCGGGACCGUGAAGGGCUUUUACAGUAACCCAUACCUGAACCAGGGAUCCCCUCCCCUUGAGAGCCAAGAUGAUUCCGUUCUUCAUACCCAUGUCGCUAGGGCCUGGCACACAGUAGGUUCUUAAUAAAUGUUUGCUGAUUGC